CUUCGAUUCAUGUGUCAGUUCUCCAGUAUGCCAGGGAAAAUAAUCUAGAAAUUUCAUGGAACACACCUCAAGAGACCGAAAAGCUUGUAGAGAUGGUGCACUCAAUUAAACAGAGGGAGCAAGGUCCUACCAGGCUAGGAAAAGCCAUUGAUUUUGUAGUUCAGAAUGCAAUGUCAGAAUCCCAUGGAGGGAGACCCAGCGCAUCAAAGGUUGCGAUAGUCAUCGUGUCGGGGAGAUCAGAAGACACUGUGGAGGCCUCUGCACUUUCUGCAAGAAUGAAUAGGGUUUCCCUGUUUCCAAUUGGAGUUGGGAAUGAAUAUGAUGAAGACCUGCUAAGGACUUUGACUGGAUCAUCAGCUGCUGACAGAAUCAUGAAGCUUCAGAAUUUUGAAGACUUAUCCACUAUGAUCACAUUGAAUAAUGAAUUUAUUAAAAAAGUGUGCAUGGACCCUGUCAGAGAAUGUAUAGAUGAGGAUGGAAACAAAAAGAAACCUGGUGACAAAUGGACAUUACCGGAUCAGUGCCACACUGUGACAUGCUUUCCAGGAGAUUACACGGUUCUGGAGAGUCACCAAAUUAACUGUGAUAGGAUGCCAAAACCGGUAUGUCACAGCAAUCUUCCUGCCGUUAAGAUUGAAGAAACUUGUGGCUGCCGAUGGAUGUGUCCGUGUGUCUGUAUAGGAAGUUCAUCUCGACAUAUUGUCACUUUUGAUGGGCUGAAUUUUAAGCUGAGUGGGAAUUGCUCCUACACCUUGUUUCAGGACAGAGAACAUCAUAUUGAAGUUCUCCUCCAUGAAGGACCAUGUAGAGCAACACCGAAGAUGAACUGUAUGGACUCCAUUGAAGUGAAACAUCGUGGUGUAUCUGUUCAGCUCUUCAGUGACAUGGCAGUGGCUGUUAAUGGUGAAAGGGUUCAUAUCCCCUAUUCUAGCAGUUUGUUUGAAGUCGCAAUCUAUGGAGCAAUAAUGCAUGAAAUCAAGUUCUCCCAACUUGGACAUAAUCUCACAUUUACUCCAAGAAACAAUGAAUUUAUUCUUAAACUUAAUUCAAAGAGCUUUUCUUCAGGAACACAAGGGCUGUGUGGGGUGUGUGAUCAAAACCACAUCAAUGACUUCACGUUACAUGAUGGCUCUGUCACUCCUGACAGCAGCGUGUUUAUUCGAGACUGGAUGUUGGAAGAGCCAGGGAAGAUCUGUGAAAUCCGGAGAGAAGACAGAUGCUCUGAACAUGCCACAAGCCACUGCCACCUUCUGCUCUCCGAUCGGUUUGCAGAAUGCCACAGGGUAAUCUCCCCCAACAUGUUCUACGAGGCCUGUACAGAGGAAAGCUGCUAUGAGGAUGAAGCCUGUGAGAUGAUAACUUCCUACGCUCACAUCUGCAGUGAAAACGGGGUCUGCGUAGACUGGAGAACACCCGAGUUUUGUCCAAUGAAAUGUCCCACGUAUCUGACAUAUGAUCACUGUCACAAAGCCUGCGUAAAGCGCUGUGAGAAUAGUACCAAACUCAGUGUCUGCAAGGAUUAUCCCACAGAAGGCUGCUUCUGUCCAGACGGACAGGUGAUUUUUAAUGACAGCUGUGUUAAUGAAGAAGUCUGCACACGAUGUGUCAGUGAAGAUGGCACGUACCAUCAGCACAUGGAAACAUGGAUUCCCACCAAUGAGCCUUGCAAGAUCUGCACAUGUCUUGAUAACAAGAAAGUAAACUGCACGGUCCGACCUUGCCCUACUGCCAAACCUGCUCAGUGCGGUCCCUGUGAAGUUCCUCGUCUGCGCAGGGACCCUGACCAGUGCUGCCCUGAGUACGAGUGUGUCUGUGACCUGGUUUCCUGUGAUUUGCCUCCUGCCCCUGUCUGUGAGUUUGGCCUGCAGCUUGCUCUGACCAACCCUGGAGAAUGCAGACCAAAUUACACAUGUGCGUGUAACAGAGAAGCCUGCAGCUUAGUCCAAAGACCUUCCUGCCCACCGCAUCGAGAGCUGACUGUGAAGACGACCGAGUGCUGUGAUAAGUAUGAGUGUACCUGCAGCUGUACGAACUCAACAGUGACCUGCCCUCUGGGGUAUCUGUCCAGAUCUCUCACCAAUGACUGCGGCUGCGUAUCCACCACCUGCGUUCCAGGAAGGGUGUGUGUGCACAAAAACAUAGUCUACCCCGUUGGGACAACCUGGGAAGAUGGUUGCAGGGAAUGCUCUUGCACCAGUAUGAGGGAUGAUGUUACAGGACUUCAGAUGAUGGAGUGUCACGACAAAGAAUGUAACACAUUCUGCUCUCGGGGUUACAAGUAUAUUGUCCAAGAAGGGGAGUGUUGUGGGAGAUGCCAGAAGACUGCCUGUGAGGAGCAGCUAUUCUGGUCUCGAGGUGAUGCGGAUCCUCGUUUGCAUGAGGUAGGCACAGAGUGGCGAUCCCCCUUCAACCAUUGCAUUAUCAACGAGUGUGUCCGGGUGAACAAUGAGGUUUUUGUGCAGCAGAAGAAUCUUUCUUGCUCUCAAAUGGAUGUGCCUGACUGUCCAGAGGGAACUGAACUACGUUGUGACCAAAUAAUAGACUGCUGUCCUUCCUGCAGAUGUGUACCCCUGAAUGGUUGUCCUUUGAAUGGCACUGUUAUUGGGCCAUGGAGACGCCUGAUGGUGGAUCAAUGCACAACAUGUGUCUGCUCCCUCCAGUUAACACCUUUGCGGAAAUAUACUCUGACAUGCACAAAAUUAACCUGUGAACCAUGCCCAAUAAAUUAUAGAAGACAGGAAAUCUCUGGCUCUUGCUGUGGAAGAUGUGUGCCAACAUCAUGUAGUGUCAGGCUGAGAGAUGGAAGGCUUAAAUACCUUCAGCCAAAUGAAUCACUUCAGGAUGGCUGUGAUAGUCACUCCUGUAAAGUAAAUGAGAAAGGGGAAUUUAUUUGGGAAAGAAGAAUCACUGGCUGUCCUCCAUUUGAUUCCAGAAGAUGUUUGGCUGAAGGAGGCAGAAUCGCAAAAAUUGGCAAUACCUGCUGUGACACAUGUGUGGAAGUGGAAUGUCGACCAGUAAGUACCAGACUGCAGUAUGGUAAUAUCAACGGAUGUGUGGCUGAAAAGGAAGUGCCUAUUUCUCAUUGUGAGGGCAAGUGCAGAAGCAACACCAGAUACUCUGUUCAGACAGGGAAAUGGGAAGACGUGUGCAGCUGCUGUACAGCUACUCAAACAACCAUAGUCACGAUCCCGCUCCAGUGUGCCAAUGGGACAGUGGUGCAGCAUUACAUCCCUUCUGCCUCUCAGUGCGAAUGCUAUUCUCGGAAGUGUACAGUCUGAGUAUUUCCAAGAAGCCCAGUUGUGUAAUCUCAAGUUUUAUGAUGAAGGAACUUUACAGUGCAAGCCCUUAUUUUCUCUCUGUAGACUGUUUUAUCCAGUAGAAUCCUGAUUAAUUGUAUAAACACAGCAAACAAUAAAGCUUACUAGCA